AAAUUGGCAAGAUGGUAAUAGAAUAUGGUGUACAUAUUCAUGUUGUUUCUUACAAUUGUAGUUGUUGUUGAUUAAUUCCGUGCAGAUAUACAUGCGAAUAAUAUAUAGAUAUAUAUGUAUAUUAUUCAGAAGAAAGUGAAUAAUAAACUGCAACUCCAAUAAUCACAAGUCUUUUUUCAAUGUAUUGAGUGUAUUACACAUAUUAUCAUUAUAAAUUUAUUGUUCCGGUACAUUUAAAAUGUACUCUUUGAUUCACAAAACUGAAAAUGCCCAUGAAGACAGCAUCUGGACAUGUGCAUGGGGUCGUCCAAAGAAAAAAACAUCGGAGCAAAAUAAUGACAAUGAAGAUUCAAUGGACUCAAUGAAAUCUAACAGUGAGGAAAUAAGUGAAUACAUAGUGACCGGUUCAGUUGAUGACUACGUGAAGGUUUGGGAACAAAAGGAAGGAAGUUUGAAAUUAAAACACAAGCUGUCAGGUCAUUCACUUGGUGUUGUAUCAGUUGCUAUCAAUUCUGAUGGUACAAAAUGUGCAUCCAGUUCAUUGGAUUCAAGCUUGAGACUGUGGGAUUUAGAGUCAGGAGAAAAGAUAUCUACCAUUGAAGUAGGCCCAGUAGAUAUCUGGACAGUGGUAUUCUCUCCUGAUGAUGAAUUUAUUGUGUCAGGAAGUCAUGCUGGUAAAAUUCAUAUGUAUAGAACAGAAAGUUGUAAACAAGAACAAACGUUGGAUACUAGAGCAGGAAAAUUUACCCUGAGUGUUGCCUAUAGUCCUAAUGGAAAAUAUAUCGCCAGUGGAGCUAUUGAUGGUAUCAUCAACAUAUUUGAUGUAGCUUAUGGAAAAGUAUUACGUACUCUAGAAGGACAUGCUAUGCCUAUCCGAUCUCUCUGCUUCUCACCAGACUCACAAUUACUCUUGACUGCAUCAGAUGAUGGUCACAUGAAGCUUUAUGACGUAAAAGAUGCUAACGUUGUUGGAACACUGUCUGGACAUGCAUCUUGGGUUCUUGGGGUGGCAUUUGGUCCAGAUGGUCAGAAAUUUGCUUCCAGUAGCUCCGAUCAUACAGUAAAAAUAUGGGAACUUGCCCAAAGACAGUGUUUACAUACUUUUAAUGAGCAUAGUGAUCAAGUUUGGGCAGUCAAGUAUCAUCCUGAAAAGAAUAACUUAGUUGUAUCAGUUUCAGAAGAUAAGUCAAUCAAUUUAUACGAACAUCCACAGUAAUAAAACAUUUAUCAUAAAUACAAAA